ACACCAUUCCUCUUCCGGGGGUCGUUAGGAGAAGAUGGGCCGUCACAUGUAUUGGCUGGCAUUUGCCUUCUGCACCCUCGCUCUUGCGUCCUCGAAGGACGAGGAGCGCGCGGCGACUCCAAUCAUUCUUGACGACGAGGAGCGUGCGGCGACUCCAAUCAUUCUUGACGACGAGGAGCGCGCGGCGACUCCAAUCAUUCUUGACGGGAGUGAUGACAAAGGCCACGAGGGACCGGAUGGCAAAGCAGAAAUGAGAGAUCUGACACGAGACUUCAUGGAAACCAAUCCUAGUGUUGUGAACGGCCAACAAGUCUUUGAAGGAGACAUGGUCUUGACGGAGAGCCAGUGGCGAGCGGUCAGGGAGAGGAAGACCCUUGCAGACCUCUCAGCGCGCUGGCCUUUCACAGGCCAGCGGCUUCCCCACCGUAACCUGAAUUAUAAAUCUCGAUUAUAUACGUUCAGUAACACGGCCAGUCUCUUUCUUUAUACCAUAAAAAAAUGUAUGUUUUCGGUUUUCACCUCGGACUCAGCCGCCACUGUGGCUGCCAUAAAUGCAGGGAUUGCUCACUGGGAGCAAAACACCUGCAUCAGAUUCCAGCUCACGUCCAACCUCGCUCAACGGCACGUCAGGUUUUUUGAAGGGUCUGGAUGCUGGUCGUAUGUCGGCAUGCUGGCCCAGAAUGGACAAGACAUUUCCAUUGGAAGUGGCUGCAAAGAACUCGGCACCGUCGCCCAUGAGAUCGGCCACGCCAUUGGGUUCGUGCACGAGCAGAGUCGCCCCGACCGUGACGACUAUGUGGUCAUCAAUUAUGGCAACAUCCAAACUGGCAAGGAACACAACUUCAAUAAGUACAGCACGUCAGUGGUCACCACCUACGGCAUACCAUACGACUACUCAUCCGACAUGCACUAUGGUUCGACAGGCUUCACCAACAACGGCCAGACGACCAUCGCCACCCUAUAUCCCUUGGCGCAGGAGCUCAUCGGCCAGCGCACGGGACUCUCUCACAGGGACAUACUAUUGGCCAACACCAUGUACGGCUGCAUCGAUAAGUGGCUUGCUGCUUGCGGAGUGGACGCCGACCCCUGCCAGAACGGCGGGUUUUAUGGAGAAGGCUGCGCUUGUGUGUGUCCCUCGGGCACCUCAGGGGCCAACUGUGAGACGGUGACGGGAGACUACUACGGUGAUUGGCCGCCCCUUUGCACACCUUGUCUCUGGAGCUCUCAGAAUACUUACGACUUGACGAAUCCCUGCACUGAGAAAGUAACUCAGGAAGGCACCCUCACCUCGCCGGGCUAUCCAAGCAACUACCCAAAGAUCCAGUGCGUCAAGUGGAUUGUAGCUCCCGCAUGCCACGUGCCCAGAGUGACCUUCUCAGACUUUUACCUGUACGGAGAGAAUCCCUACUGCGGAUCGACUACAGAGACGUGCUGCUACUUUGAUGGCCUGGAGAUCAGAACCGACAACUUGUACGACGGUGAAGUGUAUUGUGGCACGGACAUCACUGCAGGCCAGACCUUCACUGGAACCGGUCAAGAGAUGGUUUUAUACUUCAGGGCGAUAAGUAAUAAUAUUCGCAGGGGAUGGUCUGCCCAACUCACCUUUGUGCCGCAACCGGGAUGCACAACCACCACUGCAGACACCUCCACCACAGCCACCACCACAGCAACAAAAACCACCACUACAGAACCUACCACCACCACCACCACAGCAACAACCACCACUACAGAACCCACCACCACAGCAACAACCACCACUACAGAACCCACCACCACCACCACCACAGCAACAACCACCACUACAGAACCCACCACCACCACCACCACAGCAACAACCACCACUACAGAACCCACCACCACAGCAACAACCACCACUACAGAACCCACCACCACAGCAACAACCACCACUACAGAACCCACCACCACAGCAACAACCACCACUACAGAACCCACCACCACCACUACAGAACCCACCACCAUCACAGCAACAACCACCACCACCACCACCAGCCCACCACCACCUAGAUGUUUAAUUCAGGCUGUCAACGGAGUGUUCUACUGGUCCUCCCCCGGCUUCGGCAUCACCAACUACCCGAAUAACUUCAACUGCGCAGUGCGAGGAUUUUCGGUAUGUGCCUUACUUUUCUGGCCGUGGUGGGCGAGGCAAGUAAUAGCUCAUUCCAGCGUCACAAGGCGUCCAUGAUAUUACGAGACAUGAUAUUCUAUACCAGAGGAGAAGAAAGCCGAGUUAGGGCCGCUUUCACAGUCACUUUGUUUGUUUUUAUCGUUACCAUUG